CUGUCAGGGAAUGUCCCAGAGGUGUAGGAACCGCGGAUUCUGAAAACAGAGAAGAUCCCCAACCCCAGGCCCGGGGCCUGUGUCCCUGGCCUCCUUCCUACCUGGACGACAGGAGCCGAGCGUGCUGCUGGCGCUGGCCCACACCGCAGGCCGAGCAGACGGUCAGGGCCCGAAGCCGGAGAGCGGGGUUUGUGGCCAAGGCCGAGAGGCAGCGGCUCAGAGCCGGGCCCGCCAUCGAUCCUGCAGGCCCGACGGUCAGCACAUACAACUCGAACCGGCCUCGGAGAUGGGCAAUACCCGAGUCCGCUUUCUUACGGCGUUACUGCAGGCCAAGACCCCUCGGCGGCGGGCGGCCCCUAUCUCUCUGUCUCCCCCGGGGACGGCAGGCGGCGGGCAGCCUCUCUCUGUCUCUUGCCCCGAUCCCGGGACUCUGCCCCGAACAAAGAUGGCGGCUGCGGUCUGGCAGGUUGCCAUGGAGACGGGGCCUAGCGCGGCUUGAAGCCUGCGCCGCCGAUUCAAGGUUGGGGACAAUGGCGUGUGUUCUGAAGGUCAGGGAUUGCUUCAAGCAGCAACUCGACCGUGUCCUGAAAGAGGGUCAUUCUAUCCCUGAGGAUCUACAUUCUGAACUCAAAUCCUGCCUCGGCAAAGCCCAUUCCCCCUGCACAGUCUCCUUCGAGCUGCUAAGAAAACUUCACAAAUUCUUACAAGAAAAAGGAUUCCCUGUCUAUCUGCAUGAACUUGUCGAAGGAGCAGAAAUAUUCACACCGGAAGUAAAACUGCCAGAGAGGAACCCAGAGCUGAUAGCCCGAUUGAAAAAGAUCAAAGCAAACCUUGCAAAUGAAGAAUACAGACGCAUUACCAAAAAUGUCAACUGCCAGCAGAUUAACCGGUACGGCGCUCUGGGAGAUUUGGGAAGACAGGUGCGAUCUGUGAAGGCAGUGGUGGUUACCAUCUUUAACUUCCUAGUGACGGUGGCAGCUGCGUUUGCUUGCACAUACCUUGGAAGUCAGUAUGUCUUCAUAGACACGGCAGCGCGGGUCCUUUCUGCAGUGAUUGUAUCGUCUGUGGUGGGUCUGGCAGAGCUGUAUGUGCUUGUUCGGACAAUGGAAGGAGAGCUGGGAGAGAUGUAGCACACUGCUGAAACACAUUGUUGAAACCAGUUGGAGGCUCUUGUAACUUACAUUUAUAUAAGUACCUUCAUUAUGGUCAAACAUCUCAAGACAUUUCACAGGAGCAUUAUCAAAGUAACACUGAUGAUUUACGUAACAGUGAGGUUUAACACUGAUGGAUGUAAGAAAGUAGGACAGGAGACCAAAAGCUUAGACAGGAAAGUAGUUUUAAGGGGUGGCUUAAAGGAAGCAGCUGAAGGCACAGCCAUCAGAGAGAGAACAAUCAAAAGCGCAGAGGCUGGCGAGGCCAGAACUUAAGAACAACCUCGACCUCAGAGCUGGUGGGCAAAAGAGAUGAGACUGAAAAGGCAAGUUACAGGGCUCACCUGGUCACUGUUAGCCCCUGUACCUGGCUAUUGCUCUCACCUGGCCUUCCCUGAAAAAGGGUUUCCCUUCAUUACUGGUUGAGGUACCAAUUGAAGCUCCGUCCCCCACACUCUGUGGCAGGAGUUUCGAGACCCCAAUCCCUCUCUGUGUAAGGUCUUUUUCAGAGUGUUGCAUUGCUUCUUCUGCCAAUUAUCUCGUAAAUCUGUCCUGUGGCUCUCGCUCCUUCCACCAAUGGGAACACUUUCUCUUGAUCUACUUUGUCCAGAUUCCUGAUUAUUUUGAAAACCUUAAACAAAUCAUCUCCCAACCUUCUCAUCUUCAAGGGCACCUCAAAACUACCUACAUACUAGGCCUUAUGUUAGUGUCUGGAAAUAUUAUACACUGUAAACCAAAUGACCAGUGUUUAUUAAAGUCCAUUUUGCAGUUUA